AUGAAAGUGAAGAGAGUAAACAUCACAAAGCUUCAACAAGUGAGCCACAACCGCAAGAAACGGAAAAUCAACAAGAGAAUGAGCCACAACCGCAGCAAACGGAUAAUCAACAAGAGAAUGAGCCGCAAAAAAAAAGGAAAGGAAAAUCCUAAUGAAGUUGAUUUGAAGAAUCUAGAAAGAGAUCCCGCUAAACGAAAGCAAAUGUGGGAUUAUCCGGUUAAUUUAAGAGAACAACAUAUUCAUAGUGAAGUGGGGGAAUCAUACUUUUUUGUCAUGGUUGAUGAGUCACGGGAUGAGUCUAAAAAUGAGCAAAUGGCGAUAGUUUUGAGAUGCGUUGAUGUGGAAGGAAUCAUACGGGAAAGUAAAAUCUGUGGCCAAGGUUAUGAUGGUGCUAGUAAUAUGAGAGGGGAAUGGAACAGAUUACAAGAACUUGUUCUUGAGGAUUGUCCUUAUGCAUAUUAUGUUCACUGCUUUGCUCAUAGAUUGCAACUAGCCUUGGUGGCUGCUUCAAGGGAAAUUAUUCCGGUUCACCAAUUUUUCACAAACUUAAUUUUUACAAUUAACUUAGUUUGUGCUUCCAGUAAGCGUCAUGAUGAGUUACAAAAAGCAAAGGCAACUAAGAUUGAACAAUUAUUGGAACUAGGGGAAAUCGAAUCAGGAAUAAUUGAUGACGUAUCUGCUACUUAUUCUCAACGCGGAGAUGCUGAUGCAGCUUACUGUUAUCUGAAAUCAUUUGAGUUUGUGUUUAUUCUUCACCUGAUAAAGGAAGUAAUGGGAAAAACUGAAAUACUUUCUCAAGCUCUACAAAAGAAAUCCCAAUAUAUUCUUAAUGCCAUGGAGUUAGUUUCAGCAACAAAGGAGGGUCUAAAUGAUUUCAGAAACAAGGGAUGGGAGUCUUUACUUGCACAACCACAUUGGAAAAACAUUUACGUGAUUAAUGUUGAUCAAAUUUGUCUUCUUGUUGAGAAGUAUUAUCCUGAAGAUUUUACAGAGCAAAAGAGGAUUCAAUUACGAUAUCAAUUGGAGAUUUUUAAUAUUGAUAUCACAAAGAAUCCUAGACUAAGUGGUGUAUCAACUAUUGCUAACUUAUGCAAGCGUCUUGUGGAAACUCAGAAACGUGAGACAUAUUAUUUAUUUGAUAGAGUGGUUCGGUAA